AUGCCCAACCAAGCCGAAUCCUCACCCAAGAAAGGCUCGAAAGGAAGCCGACGCCACCCCAAAAAGAGCAAAGCCAGGAACCCCUCGAGUACCGCAGUCGAACAUUCCUCUACCUCUGAGCGCCUAGCAAAUGAAGACAACUCCGACGUUACCGAGCCUGCAAGCGGCUACAACACGUUCCACGACGAGACUGAGACUCGCAGUGAUCAGGACUAUUUCUUGCUGUACAUGGGAAGUCAGUUUGACGGCGAUGAGCAGUGA